AUGGGCCUCACAAUCGAGCUAAGCCCCUGCAGCGAGGAUGGAUUGGCCGCAAGGAAAGCGUUCAAUCAGCGUCUUGAGGCAAUGACGAAUUCCCAAAUUCAGUGGCAUCAAUGUCGGUCUCCACAGGAAUACCGAGACAAACGUCGUGAAGGCACCGACGGUUUUCAGAAACCCUUUGUACUCGAUACGGCUGAGGUGAUUUCAAUCCCUUCGACUCAUGCUGGCCACCAAAUCCAGCUGCGUCUUAUCAAACCUGCUGGCGAGAUACAAGGGGUCAUACUGCACUAUCACGGCGGAGGUCUCGUCUACGGAUCAGCAGACGGCCAAGACAAAUAUCUUUUAGAGUUUGCUACCGAUCUUUCUCUGGCCGUAGCAUCGGUCGAAUACCGACUAGCGCCUGAAGAACCAUUUCCAGCUGCCGGCGAGGACGCUCUUGAUGCCCUUCGAUUUGCAUUAUCUGAAGAAGGGAAGGCUAAAUUAGGACAAAAACCACUCUUCAUCGCAGGAGAAUCUUCAGGAGCAUAUCUGGUUGCCUGGAGCCUUUUGACACUGAGAGAUGAGGGUAUUGAUUUAAGAGAACAAAUCACAGCUGUGUUCCUCAGCUACGGAAUUUAUGACCUUACUUACACGCCCUCUGUCCACAACUACAAGGGGAGAGCAUUGGUAGGAAGCGAAGAUCUGAAACUCCUUGUUGACGCCGCUUUUCCUGCGGCGUCUUACCCUGAGACAGCACGCAAGGAUCCAAACUUGUCUCCUCUGCGAGCAGAUUUGAAAAACCUACCUCCGGCAUUCUUUCUAGUGGGGACUGCUGACCCGGCAUUGGAUGAUAGCAUAUUCAUGGCGUCAAGGUGGUAUCUCGAAGGAAAUCAGGUCCAACUCAAGGUCAUCCCUGAAGGCUGCCAUGCAUUCACUUUGCUUCCGAUGGGCGAUGCGGGUGCCGAAGGGCGAGCUGAGCUGAAGUCGUCGAUAAAGAGUUUUCUCGCUCAGUUAGAUUCUCGGAAGCUUGAGAGGAGUUAG